AUGGCUGCCGGCACGCGUGCAAUCCUCAGCUUGGUCGCGGUGAUCCUCCUCGCCGGAGGCAUCGUCAUGCAAUUCUUCAUCGUCCUCUCUGGUCUGGGAACUUCGCCCGAAAACAAGGUCUUCUUCCUGCAAUCCACCACCGAUGGCUUCAACGGCCAGUUCCACGGCGGUGAUGUUCCCAACCCUGUCCGCUGGACUUGGCUCGCCAUUUGCGGCGUUGAUGGCUCCAACAACGCCAACUGCGGACCCAAGGGUGCUGCCAUUCCUUUCGACCCUAGGCGCAACUUUGGCAAUGACAUGCUGCUUGGUGGUAACUCCUACUACUACCUCAGCAGGGUCUCCUGGUCGUUCUACAUCAUCGCGCUCUUCUUCUCCGUCGUCGCGUUCUUGAUCAGCGUCGCUGCUAUCGUCGCGCGUCUUGGAGCGUACCUGACUGGUUUCUUCGCGUUCUUGGCCAUGGCUUCCCAGGCUGUCGCCGCUGCUCUGAUGACCGCAUGGACUGUUCGCGGCCGCAAUGCCCUCAACAAGUCCGGCCAGACGGCUUCUCUUGGAAAAUACGCCUAUGGUUUCACCUGGGCAAGCUUCGCCUGCUUCUUCAUCGCCAUGGUCCUCUUCUGCGUUGGAGGCGGUGUUGGAAAGGACAAGAGCUCCUCCUCCAAGUCAUACUUUGGUCGCAAGCGAAGCACGCGUAGCCGUGGUUCUUUCGUCGAGAACGGCGGCACAUCGACGCGUGUCAAGGAUGAGUACGAGUAA